AUGGCAGAAACAGAUGAGACGAAGCAACACCCCGUGGCUCUCGGGGCGGCGACUGAUCAGGAAAGACUGUCAGCGAGAGGCGCGCAAUUACAACCAGCAUUUCAGCCAGCCUUCAAAGCCACUGGAGAACCGGGUCCUGCACUCCUGUCUAACAGCCGCUCGACAAACACCUCCGCUGGCGGUCCGACGCCUUCGGGCUCGACCCCACGAGAUGCCUCGCCUGACAAGCUCACUCCCUUCUCCACGACAUCCAGGGCAUCGAGUGCCCUGAAAAAGACGUACGGCUCGGGAUCAAACCUCGCCCGAAGCGCGACGAAUGAACACUCGGUCAGCGGAAGAGAACCCGCUGAUCUGGAGAAUGCGGUGCAAAGUAACGGGACACCAACAGUGGGCAGAAAGAGUGUGCAAUUUUCUCGAGAUACCCAAGAGAUCAGUCCCCAUAGUAAUGGCCACACCACGCCUCCAGCUGGCCGAGCCGAUGGUUCAGAGCAGGACAAACCCCACUCACUAUAUGCCAGGUUAAGGGCAUUGGCUAUACCUCAGGGAUAUUCGUUCAGUCAUGCUCGGUCUCCCAGUGGUUUGUCCGCCAGUGGACGCUCUGUGGAGGGCAAAGAUGUCGACAACCAACCUUCUACUCAAUCUGGCCGCAAUGAGAUUGGGCUUGCUGCUACCUUGGAGGAGGAUAGCGGUGCUGAAGCCGACGCCGACGCAGAAGAGAGUAGUGCUGCAGAGAACAGCACGUCUCAGUGGGCAAGUCGAAAACGGCGGCGGAAAAUACAACGUUUCGACGACAUUGAGACCGCGCCAUCAUCUCCCCACAGCCUCAUGCGCCCAGGCUUUGCAAGUGCUCCCAUCAACUCUGAUACGGACAUUGAAAGACCCCGUGCACUAGUCAGAAGGGCCACCGAUACCGACAUGAUUAAUAGCCCCCAGGGCGUCUCUGAGGACGAAGGGCGCAAGCAACUCACGAACGGCACUGGUUGGACGCCUCGUCAUCCUCUCCGGGGUUUAAGCUAUGGUGGUCAGAGAAAGCCAGGUGAUACUACACCGGAAGGCCCGAGACGACCGCUGACCCUGUUGAAUUUUGCCAAUAUCACUUCCUCCCGAGAAGCUGGGUCCAGCGAAGCGCAAACUCCGAAGACACCAUCUCGCCGAAAGCAGCUGGCCGAACGGAGCUCAACCCUGAGCGCCGCCAAAUGGAGGCAACUCAAGAACACUUUGAAAACGUUCGGUCAGGGCAGGAAAAAGCCGCCCACUCCCGAGAUCCAAAGAUCUGCCGCCCUUCUCGCUGAACUGGCUGCCGGAGCUCCUGCGGCUUUGAUGCUUGCCAGUAUGUUCCAGCGCGACGAGCACAAUCACAGAAGGGUACCAGUGCUUUUGGAACAGCUCAAAGUGCAAGUCACGGACAGUGAAGUCGAUCAACACAAAAGUAAGGAUGACAAAGCUAUCAAGGAGACCGACGAAGACAAAGUCCUACGACAUCUGAUCUUCAAGAUCGAAUGCGAAUAUGGUAAUGGAGCCAACCGGAUGAAAUGGGUGAUUAAACGAUCCCUUGGAGAUUUCUCCAAGAUGCAUAUUAGGUAUAAAACCGCAUACAACGCUGGGAGACUUAGAUUGAAAAGCGAUGGGCGAAAGAAAAUGCCAAAGUUUCCUUUGGAGGUGUUUCCAUAUCUGAAAUCUCUACGCUUGUUUGCCGAUGAAGGCGACGACGAAGAGGCGGACGCGUGUGACGAUACCGACCCUGGUACGGCAACAGACACCGAACGGCCAACUCCUCGAAGCCAGACUCGAUCUGCAAUCACACCAAAACGACGGAAAUCAAGCGUGGCAGGGUUCAACGAUCCUGUAACUCCUGGGAGCACACGCCGAGAGAUGUUUGCCGAGCGCCAGCGUAAGACUCUGGAAAAAUAUCUGCAAGCGAUGAUACAGUUUAUGCUGUUUCGUCCAGAGAGCAAUCGCCUGUGUAGAUUCCUGGAGAUAUCGGCUCUUGGUGUGCGUCUUGCUGCAGAGGGUAGCGAACAUGGCAAAGAAGGGCUUUUGCUCAUCCGGUCGGCCAAAGGCCUCGAUUUCAGAGCGUUGAAUGCGCUCGAGUUUAAGAAACGGCAUACACCAAAGUGGUUCCUUGUCAGGCACAGUUAUGUUGUGUGCGUGGAUUCGGCAGAGCAAAUGCAUAUUUAUGAUGUGUUUUUGUUUGAUUCAGACUUCAAGAUACAGUCCCGCAGGUCGCGCAAGAGCGAUCAGAGAAGUGCGAAGGAGCUGGCGGAGGCAGCAAAGGAAUCUGCUAAACAUCCGCAACACCACCGUCUCAAAUUGGUCAACUCGGAAAGAAAGUUGAAACUCAUCUCUAACAACGAACGCCAGUUGCAACAGUUCGAGGAGUCCAUAAGAGAAAUGGUUGCGGGAUCACCCUGGGCAAAGAUCAACAGAUUCGAGAGCUUCGCUCCGGUGAGGCCCAAUUGCUUUGCUCAGUGGCUUGUUGACGGCAGAGACCACAUGUGGGUAGUGUCUCGCGCCUUGAAUCAAGCCAAAGAUGUUAUCUAUAUCCACGACUGGUGGCUGAGCCCCGAGCUGUACAUGAGGCGGCCUCCUGCCAUCAGUCAGAAAUGGCGUCUUGAUCGAUUGCUGAAGAGGAAAGCCGAAGAGGGGGUCAAGAUUUUUGUCAUCGUUUAUCGCAACAUCGACGCGGCUAUUCCGAUUGACUCCCAGUACACCAAAUUCUCCCUCCUGGACCUGCACCCGAAUAUAUUUGUCCAAAGAUCACCCAAUCAAUUUCGACAAAACACCUUCUUCUGGGCGCAUCAUGAAAAAAUUUGUAUCGUUGAUCACACUGUGGCCUUUGUCGGAGGCAUUGACUUGUGCUUUGGCAGGUGGGAUACUCCUCAACACACGCUGGUGGAUGACAAGCCCACUGGCUUUGAGCCAAGCGACGAGCCCAAGGAUGCAGACCAUUGCCAACUGUGGCCAGGCAAGGACUACUCUAAUCCACGGAUACAAGACUUCUAUGCGCUUAACAAGCCAUAUGAAGAGAUGUACGACCGUUCGAGGGUAGCCAGAAUGCCGUGGCAUGACAUUUCGAUGCAGGUUGUGGGGCAGCCAGCCCGCGACCUGACGAGACAUUUUGUCCAGAGGUGGAACUACAUCCUACGGCAACGCAAACCAACACGCCCUACGCCGUUUUUGCUCCCUCCUCCAGACUUUAACCCAGCCGACUUGGAAGCGCUUGGUCUCGAUGGAACAUGUGAAGUCCAGAUUUGUCGCUCCGCUGGACCUUGGUCACUGGGCACUCCCGACAAGACGGAGCACAGCAUCAUGAACGCCUAUAUCAAGCUGAUUGAAGAAUCCGAGCAUUUCGUCUAUAUUGAAAACCAAUUUUUCAUCUCCAGCUGCGAGACGGAAGGUGCCACGGUACACAACAAGAUCGGUGACGCUCUUGUGGAACGGAUCACUCGUGCAAGCAAGCACCAGGAGGCUUGGAAAGCAGUGGUCAUCAUUCCAUUGAUUCCUGGUUUCCAGAAUACGGUCGAGGAAGAAGGUGGGACCAGCGUGCGGUUGAUCAUGCAGUAUCAAUAUCGCAGUAUUUGCCGCGGAGAAUCUUCCAUAUUCGGUCGGUUGAAGGCAGUGGGCAUUGAUCCUGAAGAAUAUAUCCAGUUCUACAGUCUUCGUCAGUGGGGCAGAAUUGGCCCACGCAAGACGCUCGUGACCGAACAACUCUACAUCCAUGCCAAAUGUAUGGUGGUCGAUGACAGAGUUGCAUUGAUUGGAUCCGCGAACAUCAACGAACGAUCAAUGCUGGGAAAUCGCGAUUCCGAAUGUGCGGCUAUUGUGCGCGAUACCGAUAUGGUCUGGUCGUGGAUGAACGGCAAACCUUAUCAGGUUGGUCGUUUCCCGCACACGCUCCGCAUGCGCCUGAUGCGCGAACAUCUCGGCCUGGAUGUUGACAAGAUCAUGGAAGAUGCCCAAGUGAUGGAAGCAGAACACAACAAAAUGCGAUCCUCGGGAAAGUCGGUCCGGUCAGAAUCCCCAGAUGACGCAUUCGGAAGCCCACUCUCAGAAGCGGGUGAUGUGCUAAGCCCACUACAAGGGCAAGAUACAGAACUGCAUGAAGAAUUGCUUCAACGCACCGAGGAGUUCAGGAGUUUCAACCAUGAUGUAGACUGGGAACAACAGGGCAAUCCCAACCUCAAAUCGAAGAGAGCGGGCGUGACUCAAGACCCGCGCGUUACUGGCGAUCCCCACCACAAGGAAGAUGUCGAAGGGCACGGAUAUGACAGGAUGGCAGAGAUUGCAGCGGAAGGACUGGGAGAUGGACGAGACAGCACGCUUGUCAAGGGAACAAAGGAGGUUUUGCUCUCAAUGAUUGAUCCUGAGGGCAAGGCCGCCUUGGAAGAACCACGAAAACAUGGUGAACAGCUUCGGAUGCCAUCGUAUGUGGUCAAAAUGGAGACACCAAACCCCCCACUGCCUCCGAAGCCGGGUUUGCGCCGAAUGGAUACAGUGCAGCUCGGCUUACCUAUGUUGUCGCAGCUGCCUCCUCUACCCGCAGGAGACGACUCGGACAUAGGAGGUCCUACACUUGUCAAAGUCAGUUCCAAGGACUCGAUGGGCCCUCGUCACCCGCUGAUGGAUGAGCUGCGACGGCCGCUGGUUGAUCGGGAUUCCAUGACGGAUCCGAUCCACGACGCUUUCCUUUACGACACUUGGCAUGCGGUGGCCGAGAAUAACACCAAGAUAUACCGCACAGUGUUCCGGUGCAUGCCGGAUAAUCAAGUGCGUAACUGGGACGAAUAUCAUCAGUACGUGGCAUAUGAGCAAAGAUUCAACCAAUUGCAAGGCAAUGACCUUCCUAAGGAGGACAAGGUCUCUGAUCCUUCUCGCGCUGGAUCUGUCGCUAAAAGCGGUCCUCCAGGAGCCGGGUCUCGACAUCCGGCGGCAGAAAUCAAAGCCGUGACUCAUGUUCCCACCGACAUUGAAAAGGCCACCGCCGAUGUGAAGGAGAAAAUAAAGAACGUCCUUGGAGAAAAGUCGGCGCACUCUCAUGAGGACGCUGAAAAGGCGAAACUUCGGCGCUGGGCUGCGGAGACCAAUCAAGCACAGGCUGAAAGGCUCGGGAUGCCCACCCUACAUCGGCAGGAAACCUUGACGGAGGAAAAGUCCGGACUGCAGACUGUUCCCGAAGGCCAGACCAUCGUUGACGAGGGCAGCGGAACCGGUGAAGAUGAUGAUUUCAGCACCGAGCGACCCAUCAGCAGUCUGAGCUCAACGGCGGCGGAAAAGGAGAAAUCGGCAUCCAACGGCACUCCAUCAACCGCAAACGGCCACUUUGUUGGGUAUUCGGACGCAGUGAACCAGAACGCAGCUCAAUCCACAGCCAACAUUGCUGGAAGUGGCCGUCGUCGCAGAAGAGCUACCACUAGGUCUAGUAGACGUGACUUUAGCGCGAGCGACGACAUCCUGACUAUUGAAGAGGCGGAAGAGCUGUUGGGCUGUGUCCAGGGACAUCUUGUCGUCUGGCCUUAUGAUUGGUAA